AUGGUUGUGAAAAUCAACAUAAGCGUUGCAUGCUUCGGACAUUUCCCAGGGGAAGCACGCGGCCGAGUCACUUGGAAUCGAACCGCGUUGGACUCAUUCCAAGCUGGAUUCGAACCAACUUGGAAUCGAACCCACUUGACUCUGGCUUCGCAAGACUGCCCCGGAGGCUACUCCCUCGUGGGCGACAAAUGCCUCAUGUUCGUGACCUUCGCUGCUGAACCCUAUCAGGGAGCCAGAUUUUUCUGCCAUGCAGCCAGAGGGGAGCUGGCUGCCAUCACCACGCCCACGGACUUCAAGAAUUUAGUCGAUUACAUCCACGCCAACGGUUUCUUCGGCCAAGCUUUCUGGCUGGACGGAACAAAAAUUGCAGCAAAAACCAUGGUGUCACACUCAUUGUCGCAGACGGAGUUUCAGCAGCUGUUGAAGGAAUACGACAAAAAUAUUUUUGAUUUGGCUUAG